ACAGUAGUCGUCACGGAAAUACGGUGAUAAUAGAUUUGGAACUGUGAACAAUAGGUAGAGGAAGCUGGGUUUGAAGUAUCUAAAAUGAUAACUGUAUAAUAGGGAAAUUAUAAUAAUCAGACUUGUUAUGCAGUCUAGCUGUAAGCUGUCCCCGCUGGUUACGUUUUAAGUGAAGAUCAAGACUAUUAGGAUGGAGGUCCAAUGUCAGCAACCACCACAACAAGUAAUAGUUCAACAGGUUGUCACCGUACAACCGGGCCCAAAGAUCCUUGGUCCACUCAAAGGCACGCGUGAAUGGUCAUCAGGCCUUUUCGAUUGUUUCGUCGACUGGAAGUCAUGUUUGUUGACGUGCCUAUUUUUUCAAUGUGCUCAGUGUAAAAACGCCUCCCGACUCGGAGAGUCCCCUUUCACGCCAUACUGUACAAUGGGCGGCACUUUGGCGAUGAGAACGAGGUUGAGGACGCUUGGCGGUAUAGAGGGGACUAUCUCUUGGGAUUCCUGUGUCCUCAGCUGGUGUGAGGCGUGCGCUGUCUGUCAGAUGUCAAGAGAGCUGGACUAUAUGGGCUUGUAGACAACCAAUCCAGCUUUGAAUCUGAUGGACUAGAUGCAACGUGGAAUUCUAUUGGUUUUGUUUUUGCAAAACGCACAGCGAUUGGUUGGCGAGAUCUUUUGGACUUGCAUAGUAUAAUAAAACAGUAAAUAGUAUAAAAAUGUUUCUAUCCUAAAGUGUUAUUUAUACCAGAGACCUAGUAUAUAGGUCUCUGUUUAUACUUUGUUUGUUUUUUUCUUGACACUUUCUUCCAAUGAUUUACUGAAUGUAAUGUUUAUUAUCACGACAAUUAGAUCUCUUAGUUUUGCCCGUGACGUCACUAUCUUAUAGCGUCCUCACAGACGGGAUUCCAAAUAUGUUGUUAUAAUAAAUUGAAUGUCGGUGUA